AUGGCAAGAUUUAACAAUUCACUGGGUAUAAAGGUAUUUUCAGGCCAAACUAAAAUUUCUGAAAUACCAAUUGAAGUUUUAAGGAAUUUAAAUCUAAAAAAUCACAGGAAGGCAGCUAAUUACAGGGAAAAUGAACCUGAUCAAUCACUGGAUUCUCUUUAUAAUGACUUUUCACUCAGACCGCCAAUAAAUUAUUUGCUAAAGAACCAAGGAUUGAAAUUUGACAGAAUUUUGGGGGAAUAUAUAAGUUCCUUCAAACACAAUUUCAAAGAAGAUACCAAUUUAAGUGUUUACAAAUUGUUCGGAACUGAUUUCAACUUGGUUUAUUUAAACCCUAAUUUGAUUCCAGAGUACCAAAAUUCAAAUGAUCCCAGUUACUACCAGCUGUUCUUAUCCUUACUUAGUUCCGUGAACUCUGUUUUGGUGGAUCCGAAUAAAUCAAAUUUGGACGAUCUAAGAAUCUCAUGCGUCAAUUUGGAUAGCUGUUUGUUUUCAAGAGAAGCAGAUAAAUAUAUUUCUGAUAUUUUAAAAUAUUACCAAAGGAUAGGAGCUGUAGAACUAAGCCGAGACUACCAACUAAACUAUGAAAAUGUUAAAGGAGUUUCUUUGCUGGAUAGUAUUAAGUUGGUUAGGAUAGGAUCCUCAAGAUCAGAUAUAGGAUUUUCAUUUUCCCCUUGUGGCUUUUUAAUGCCCUACCAUUUGGGUAUUUUGAGUUAUCUGUGCGAUUACAACGUCAUAAACUGUACAGUUCCACUAUCAGGAGCCUCCUCAGGCUCACUCUCAAUCUGUUACAGUGUCCUUAAGAACACAUUCAUAUACUGUAUGAACGUUAUCGAUUCAGCCACCACUAGGUUGAGACAAAAUUCUGUGGAUGGGGAAAAUUUAAUCAAAGGCCAAAACCUGGAUACCAUCGUAAAGGAUUAUCUAUAUGACACAUUGGCUGAAGGAAGCAACGAGUUUAUAAAUUCUAGAAUUGGAAAGAUUACAGUGGCAUAUUCGGUACUUAAGCACUUAAAAUUCAGGACUAGAAGCUGUUCUAAUUUUACUAGUAUUUCUGACUUAGUUGACUGCUUAAGAGCCAGUUCAUACAUCCCAAUCUACUCAUCUAAAGAGCCGUUGAUUUACAAAGGACACCACUGCUACGAUGGACAGCUCGGUCUGAAUAAAAGUUUGGGUUGCCCAGAUACAGACUCAAGGAGAACAAUAAGGAUAAACCCUUACCAAUUCACAAGCAGUUCAAUAUCUAACCAGAACCUCCUUAACGAGUUUAUCACUCCUAAUUUAACUAAAAGGGAUCAAUUUCUCAUGUACUACAUACGCCUAAAAUCAUUAAUAUACCAGCUUUGUUUGAGAGAAAUUGCUCUAGAAAAUUUGAAAAUGGCCAAUGAAUUCCCCAAAGAACUUAAUUACUGCAUAAAUUUGUACUAUAAUAUAUCACCCAGAUCAACUAGUAAAAUAAAUGUUAUUAAGAAUUUCAAUAAGGACUACAAAAAAUCUAGAGAGUAUACUAACUUAUUAGGGCUCUGGAACUCUGAAAAGUUGUUAGACUUGUUCGUAUUGGUUGUUAUGUAUGAAAAAAUCCUCCAAGUUGAUAAAUAUAGCGCUAAAAGAUAUCGGCUGGACCCAGUUUCUGACAUUUUAACGAAGUUUGGAAAAAAUACCCCCUUAAAAAAAUCAAUACAGGCUUCAUCAAUAACACUAUUAACUUAUUUAUACCUGAAGAUAUCAAAAUAUCCCCUCUCGACGCCUAUUCAACAGAUCCCAGACACUUUAUAUCCAAUUAUUAAUAAGGAUGUUGACAACAGCCCCAACAAGGAAAAGAUUAAUAUUUUAAAGAACCUAUUACUCUUUAUAACACCUCCCUUCACAUUAAAUUACACCUACUGUAACACAAAUGAGUUACUUUACAACAUUUUUCCCGGAAGGAAGCUAUUCCGUAUUUCUUUGCAUUCUGCUGAUCAAUACAAAUUAAGGUUCUUCUAUGAUCUAGGGAAAACCGAAUCUUUUAGGUGGUUGAUUCAGGAGUACAUUAAGUUCGAAAACUAUGUUUAUUUAAAAAUUUUACAAUUAAUAACUUAUAACUCUACCGAUAAUCCUGACUUUCCUGUCAUUUCAAAUGAGUUUAAAGAUGAUGAUUCCAAAGAACCAUUACAUGAAGUUCAAAAGAAUUUGAUAAAUAACACUUUGAGUAUGGUUGGCAAUUCUCCUUUGGAGAGUCAAAUAGUAACCGAUUCUGUACAUUACAAAUUCUUUAAAAAGUUGAAUUUAUCAGUCAGAAAUUGCAUUUUAUCAAACUGUAUUGACCCUCACUUUUCACACAUUUUCACACAUUCGCACUUUUGGAACUAUAACAAGCAUUUUAAGAUUUAA